CGCGACUUUAUAUUAUACGACGUUCGAAUGGCAUAAAGUGUUUGUCAGCAUAGUUUAACUGCGGCGUAUUUUGAAUUUUUGUUGUGAAAUCACACGAUCAAACAGUUCAACUUGUUAAUUUUUGUGAUUUAUUUGACAAGGAUCAGACACUUUUCCACUUCUAAAAAUUUCCACUUCACAUUCACAAUGCCAACCAAAAAGAGCGAGACCGAAUUCAAUAAGAUCCUGGAGGAUUUCUCAUAUAAAGGCGAACGGAACAAGAAUAAACUUACUGCUGCAAUAAUCGACACUCCAAUUGGCGAAUUGCUAGCGGUGGGCAAUGACAAAUCCAUUUAUCUACUACAAGUGCUAAAGAAAGAAUUUUCGUAUGCGCAACUGAAAAGAAUUACCGACAAAACAAGAUCCCAUAUCACUAAAGGCCGGUCGAAACCAAUUGAUUUGUUGGAACGGGAGUUGACCGACUAUUUCAAUGGUACGCUGGAAGUAUUCACGACACCCAUUUCGAUGCAUGGUACCGAUUUUCAAAUUCAGGUGUGGAACGAAUUGAGAAACAUUCCAUUCGGUAAGCAAAUAUCCUACGCUCAACUGGCAGACAAUGUGAAGUCUGUUAGACCGAAAUCAUCAACCACUGCACCGGUACGAGCAGUCGGAACGGCAAAUGGAGCUAAUCGCAUUCUGUUAUUGAUUCCAUGUCAUCGUGUCAUUAACAAGAAUGGAAAACUUGGUGGAUUUUCGUGCGGUAUCGAACGGAAACAGUGGCUUUUAAAUCAUGAGGGUCAGACAUUCUAAUUUAUGAUUGAGAUUUUGUUGAAUCGAAAUUUGUGUACUGCCUCUAAGGCGCAUUUAUUCAAAAUAAAAUCAAGGUCCACUGUGAACAUUAAACUAAGCCUCCACACAUACCAUACCAAUGUUACCAUUACGUUUUAUGAUGCAAUAAUAAAAUUGUGAAAAGUU